AUGCUUCACGAUGUUCUCAUUAUUGGCGCUGGACCUGCAGGUCUCUCCACAGCCACCGCUUUGUCUCGCCAGCUCUACACCACAGUCCUCUUCGACUCGGGUCUAUACCGCAACGCCCGCGCAACCCACAUGCAUAACGUCCUCGGCUUCGACCACGUCCCUCCCCCUGUUUACAGAGCCAAAGCAAGAUCAGACAUUCAAGCUCGCUACUCCGAAACCGUAACAUUCGCCGACGUCGAAGUCACCAAGACAGAAAAGCUCAACAACGGCAUCUUUACGGCUGAAGACGCAACAGGCAAGACUUGGUUCGGACGGAAACUCGUUCUUGCCACCGGUGUCGCGGAUAUCAUGCCUGAAGAAAUACAAGGCUUCGCAGACUGCUGGGGCCAUGGAAUCUUCCAUUGCCUCUUCUGCCAUGGCUUCGAGGAACGCGGGUCUGAAGGCGCAGGGAUUCUUGGCUUCGGGAUGCUUGGAAAUCUAAAGAUGGCGUCACACAUUGCCUACAUGGCCCGCCCGCUUGCUAGGCAAGUCACAAUUUACACCAACGGGAACGAAGCCCUAGCCUCAGAGCUAUCUGGUUUUCCCGGUUCACCCUGGAGAGUUGAUCCGCGCAAGAUUGUCAAGACGCGCAUGGGCGAGAAGAGCAACGUCAUCAUCACCUUCGCCGACGGAGCAGAAGUGAUGGAGGGUUUUCUAGCGCAUGCACCUUACACAAAGGUGAACGGCCCGUUUGCUGAACAGCUUGGUCUCGAGAUGGCGGAAAACGGAGACAUUAAGACUUCACAGCCAUUUGGGGAGACGAGCAUUGCGGGGAUCUACGCGGUUGGUGAUUGUGGAAACAUGAUCAAAGCCGUUGCACCUGCGACCACAGGUGGCGCGAUGUGUGUGGCCGGCAUGGUAGUGCCGUUACAAAGUGAGCCAAAGGUCGAAUUAGAUGCGGAAGCGACUGAAAAGAUUAUUGGGUGA